AUGGCGCCGGCGUGGCUGGUUCGCCGCUUGGCUCUCCUGACUGUUACGAGUUUUAUACUGUUUUUAUUGAGUAUCAUCAAGACCACUGACUCUCUGCGGACGUAUGAUCGUACAGAGCUCUUACAUAUCAAAGUUUUGCUGGAUUCAUGUGCUGAAUAUAACAAUAAUGGAUCUUCAAAGUCGCGUCCCUCUUACCUGGCCGACAUACCAGAGCACCUGCUCCGCCUGAAGGCCCUGCUUCCUAGGAAACGCCGGCGCAGAGGAGUGCGCAGCGGCAGGCUAGUCAGGCUGAAAUCCUGGCUAGCACUCUCUCCUGAUUUGGCGUUGUCCCAUGCAGGUAUCCCUCAAGAAUAUGACGCUUGUUUUUACCGGCUGAUAUCUCGGCGCAUCUUUGCUCCUGCUGGCAGCUUUUUGGUCCCUGUUGUCGGUCAACUGGAUGAGUGUCUUGCUGUGCGCCAUUGCCGACCUCGGCUACGUGGAGUGAACCCAGGCCAUCUCCAGCCGUUAAGACGGGUAGCUUCGGCAGCCAACCUCGUCCAGGCUUCAACUAGGUGUGCGCUUGUGAAUGCAAGAUCCGUGAUGAAUAAGUCGUUUAUUCUGAAGGACUUCUUCGAUGCGCAUUCAUUGGAUUUAUUCUUUAUUACGGAAACAUGGAUUAAUCUGGG